GGUUUGUAUGUCUUGUUUACUGGAAUACGAUAUGGCGAGUCGUCUCUAAAGACUGGAGGAGGAAAGAAUUUCAUCAAUAUCAAGAAGACGAGAAUAGGGGAGGCUGCGCUCGGAUUCAGUGAAAACACAAUAAAUGAAAGGUAUCAACUAAAAAUGCUUUGAGCAACUGUCAAGAUGAGCGUACACGACAAGCCGCAAUCCCAGACGGGUUCAAGAGGAAAGCAGAUGCCGGAAAGCCAUAGACCUUCCCAAUCUGUACAGGGAGCCCAGGACGAUCCCGACGACCCUGGGAAGCCCGUCAGUCAGGCGGGGUCUCAGCGAGGGUCACAACCAGGAACGCAACCAGGGACAGCCGCAUCGAAACAACGGGACAGGGGAGGGAGGAGGAGACCUCAGCAGGGGAAUGAAUUGGCUGGUAUGACAGUCGAAAGGCAACAAAAAUACCUGGAAACAACACCAUUUACUGAAAAUGAAUUGAGGGCACUACUUUUAAAACAGUACACGGUAUAUGACAAAUCAAAAGGGCAGGACGGCAUACCGAUAGACAAGUUCCUAAACAUACCGGACUUUAACGGGCACCCAUUUAUAGCAAGGAUAACGGAACUUUACAAGAGGGAUCCAAGGGAUGUGAUUAUGCCUGAGGAAUUCUUAAAUAUCUGCUCAAUACUUUGUUCUAAGCAGGAAAUAGAAAAGAAAAGACGAUUGGCCUUCAAAGUGUUCGACGUUCACGAAUUAAACUACCUUCAACAUGAUGAAGUCUUCCGCAUGUACAAGAUGUUGUUCAGUGGCGCCAUACCAGACGAUUCGAUAGUCGACUUGGUGUUCAAACUCUUAGAGAGGGAGGGGUUAGAAACAAGUGGAAAAAUUACUUAUGACGACUUUUCGAAGCUUGUUCCCGAUUCGGAAAUCAAUACAAGGUUCACAGUGGAUAUUCAAAUCAGGAAGUGAAAAUUCAAAGCGACUUUCGAACAAGGGAGUAGGAGGCACAGUGAUUUAUUGAUCAACAUUGUCCUUCACUCCGUCCACCAUCUGUGCAGUGUGUGAUGUGGAUAAUGACAAGUAAAUGCUUUUGCUUUUACUUCCUGUACAAAAAAUGAAGUAAAAGCAUUUACUCGUGUUUAUUGGUAAAAACUACCUCUGCAGUUACAGCAUUGGAGAUAUUAUGUGGUACCUGCACAAUACAGCCAGGGCAAUUGACAUUUAUAUCUAUAGGUUUAUUUUAUUCUUUAUUGAGUUUUUUCUCCGCUAUUUUUUAGAAAAAAAUAAACUAUUUUUGAAAAUGA